AGGAGGCAGGAUCGGGAAAAGCUAUUAAACUAGUUAUUCUGAUUAGGUGAAUGCAAUCUCUUUUGCUUGUGUCUUGUACGGGUUGCGCUCUGCGGGUGAUUUUUUUUUUUGGACGGGCUAGCCAAUUUGGCUGCUGACUUAAAUGUGUAUGUGUGUGCGUGUGUUUUAAGACUGUGUGGUUGCAGUCCAAACGUUUGUGUGCGUGCGUGUGUGUUUUAAGCCUGAGUGUGGCCGCUGCUCAAGAUUUAUGCCUUCGUUUGGAGCAAAGGGGCAUGAAAUAAGAGAUGGAAAGUAGCAUGGGCUGAGGUGAGCAUCGAAUCUUAGGUGUGCGAAACCCCAGAAACAAAGACCUGCCUUCCUUCUUCAUCUGGGAGCACAGAUUGGCACCAUGCACAGGCUCUGUUGGGCUAUUUGUUUUUCCCCUUUGGAAGCGUCGGUUUGUUUCUAACCGCGGCACGGGACGGAGCCACUGCUACAGUUCUCCCGGUGGCUGGAGGCUGAAUGAAAGCUGAAUGUCAAUGAAGCUGGGGCUUAGCGGGGAGGGGACCGUGGCCAGCCCAUAAAGGCAGACUGAUGAUGGGAGAGUCCGAGGACGGCACCUUCUUUUCUUCCUACCCCACCUCGCGGCUCUGCUAAGGAACCCAUGCCCACGCCUUGAACGACCACCAAUUGUUCUCGCGGGGUACCCACGGAGGACACGUCUCCCUGCUCGCGGCCAGUGGGGGACCAUCCUUUCCUCCUAUUGCAGAGAGCAGCGGACACUCUGAUCCGGGAUUGGCAUCUGCUUGGAUUUGGUGCAGCUCAGGUUAGCGGAGUCCCGUCGGGGGCUCGCCCGCAUCUGCCCCGGGAGAAGGCUCUGCAGCCGGGAUGCGCCCCGCAGCCCGCCGCCGCCCGGGACCCGGGGCUACUCCUGCUGCUGGGAGGGCGUGCCCGUGGUGUUAGGGGUCCCUCCGCCGAAGCUUGGCAGGAGCGACCGUCGGGGGCAGGUAGACCCUAGGAAGCGGCGGCCACAUGUGCCGGGAAGCAGCGGCCACAGCUUGGACUCACAGCUCGGGACUCUGUUCUCCUCCCUGACCCCAGCGCCUUUCCUCUUUUGGAAAGCCCCUAUCCCCUCCCGCAAGCCCCGCCCUCCUCCCUCUCCCUUCCCUUGGCUGGUUGCAGCACCCGCCUUUGUGCCUGUGGCUGCUACCCUUAGCAGGCGACGACGCCCGGGAACAGGAGCCCGCUAAUAACCCGGGCUCAAAAGCGUUGCUCUUUUCCCUGCCUCGUCUAGAAGCUUUUUGUCCCAGCCAGCCCGCCGUGCCGCACGGCAGGAGGGGGUGUGUGUGAGUGUGUGUGUGUGUGUGUUGAGGGCGCGUGGCACGAGGGGGAGGGGCGGCGGUUGAGAUGGGCGAGACCAUGUCCAAGAGGCUGAAGCUCCACUUCGGAGGGGAAGCAGAGAUGGAGGAGCGGUCCUUCCCCAACCCCUUCCCGGACUACGAAUCCGCCUCCGCCGUGGCGAUUGCCGCCGGCGUCGCUUCCGAAGAGCCUCCCCCGCCCGUUGGUAAUGAUCUGGGCCUCCCAUUUCACGGCGAUGGGAAGAUCAAUGCCAGUUUGACCAAGAGGAUCCAGACCAAGAUCAAGGACCUCCUGCAGCAGAUGGAGGAAGGACUGAAGACAGCUGAUCCUCACGACUGCUCUGCAUACACUGGCUGGACGGGCAUAGCCCUUCUGUACCUGCAGUUGUACCGCGUCACUUCGGACCAGGCCUACCUGCUGCGCUCCCUGGAUUAUGUGAAGAGAACACUGCGUAAUCUCAAUGGCCGUAGGGUCACUUUUCUCUGUGGGGACGCAGGGCCCCUUGCUGUGGGGGCUGUGGUGUACCACAAGUUAAAGAGUGACAGCGAGUCCAGAGAGUGCAUCACAAAACUUUUGCAGCUACAGAAAACAGUUGUAAGUCCAGACUCAGACCUUCCAGAUGAAGCCCUUUAUGGACGGGCAGGCUACCUAUAUGCCUUACUGUACUUGAAUACAGAAAUUGGUCCCAACACAGUUUCUGAGUCAACUAUCAAAGAGGUAGUAAAUGCUAUCAUUGAAUCGGGUAAAAAUUUAUCCAAGGAAGAACGCAAGACUGAACGCUGCCCGCUGCUGUUCCAGUGGCAUAGAAAGCAGUAUGUGGGAGCAGCUCAUGGUGUGACUGGAAUCUACUAUAUGUUAAUGCAGCCAGUAUCCAAUGUGGACCAGGAAACCUUGACAGAGUUGGUGAAACCAAGUGUUGAUUAUGUGCGGCAUAAAAAAUUCCGAUCUGGAAAUUAUCCAUCGUCAUUAAGCAAUGAAACGGAUAGAUUAGUCCAUUGGUGCCACGGUGCCCCUGGGGUUAUCCACAUGCUUCUCCAAGCCUAUAAGAUCUUUAAGGAGGACAAAUACUUGAAAGAUGCUAUGGAAUGUAGUGAUGUAAUCUGGCAGAGAGGCUUACUACGGAAAGGAUACGGAAUCUGCCAUGGGACGGCAGGAAAUGGUUACUCCUUCCUGUCCCUCUAUCAUAUAACUCAGGAUAAAAAGUACCUCUACAGAGCUUGUAAGUUUGCAGAAUGGUGUUUAGAUUAUGGAGCACAUGGCUGUCGUAUUCCAGACAGACCCUACUCGCUCUUUGAAGGUAUGGGAGGCGCUAUUCACUUUCUGUCAGAUAUCCUGGUUCCAGAGACAUCCCGCUUUCCAGCAUUCGAACUUGCCCCUCCACAGAGGGAAAAAAGGGUAGAGAAGGACAGCUAAAACCAUCCCUUUGUACCAAAAGCAACACAGCUAUUUAGUGCCUGAAGACAGAACCAACUCUGGAUCUUGAAGAAGUCAGCAUCUACCCUCGCCCUUUUUGUCCCAAGGACCCUGAAAAGCAUGAACGAAGGAAACCACCACAUUGGUGUUCUGUUGUCACAUCCCCAUCAGUUGUGUCAAAUAUGAAUUCCUUAAACUCAUUUGCCAUUCC